GUGUCGCUGUCGAGGAAUCAUGUCGGUAUUGUGUGAGUACGCUCUUGCCCCCUUGUUUGAAAUGUGGCUAGCCAACAUGGCGGACGAGCUGGACGUCGUUGAUAUCGAAGGAGACGAAUGUGAUCCUGAUUUAGGAUAUUAUCAAUAAAUCCAUUCCAAUAAGGCAUGACAUAAGGUAUAGAUACAACAUCCUGCUGAAACAAGGAUCGUAUCGCUCUGUUGUUGAAUGGACCAAAAGAGAAACAAAUCUACUGAUGAGUCAACAGGGUCAAUAGAAGGGACUUCGGUGACAGAGCAGCGCUACUCCAGAACCAGUAUAUGCAGUCAGCAUGGAAGACCAAUACUGGCGUCCUACCGUGGGAGCUGGAUCACUCCAUCAGUGCAGAGAACAGAGAAGUGAUCGAGAACAUGUUGAUGGAGGAGCAGUAUUAUCUGACAGGGAAAGAGAUGCCUGAGAGUGUGUGGGCCAACGCUCCACCUAACCCUAAACCCAAAUUGAAGAGGUCUCCAGCCAAGUCCUCAGCUUCAGGCUCCUCGACAGCCACUCGCUGGUCUCAGCAGGAGAAGGUGCUGUUUGAGACAGGACUGGCUCAGUUUGGCCGUAGAUGGACUAAGAUCUCCAAGCUGGUCGGCAGCCGGACCGUUUUCCAGGUUAAGAGCUACGCCAGACAGUACUUCAAACACAAGGCUAAAUCAGAGGGCAAUACUACUGCUGUGGCGCCUCCUACAGCUCCAGUGGUGUUAGGCCAUGUCCCAGAGACAAGCUCAGCAUUCUCCACCUCUGGCCUGUCUGUCCCCAGCCAUCUGUCAGCUCUGACCAACGUUGUCCGGAUAGAGAGACUGGGCGACGAAGAGGAGGAAGAGGUGGACAUCACUGAUGACCUCAGCGAUGAGGGAGGGAGUGGAAGAGGGGUUGGAGUGAUAGGAGAAAACAGAAGGAUUGAGGGGAAGGGAGAGGACCUUCAGGCAGGAGUUCAUACUGAGACAUGUGAGCCUGGAGCCCCAGAGGAGCUGGACAACCAGGGAGAGACCCACCAGGACCUAUCCAACCAGACACUCCCCAGCCAGGGAGAGACUGAUCAGGACCUAUCCAACCAGACACUCCCCAGCCUGGGAGAGACCCACCAGGACCUAUCCAACCGGACACUCCCCAGCCAGGGAGAGACCCACCAGGACCUAUCCAACCAGACACUCCCCAGCCUGGGAGAGACUGAUCAGGAGCAGCCUAACUGUAGCCCUCCAUCCUCCCUCACAACCCCCUCCAUCCGCCUAGCAGUGCAUGCCCCCAGUGGACAGUGUGAGGGGGGCACUGCUGAGCCCCAGAGGGACCCAGUAGAGUCUGGAGAGGAUACAGGGGGGUCUAGGUGGACAGAGGAGGGGGAGGAGUCUGAAGAGGAAGAGGAGGAGCUUAAAUACCCAGAGCAGGAAGUGGAGCUGGACCCGGCAACCAUCACAGAGGAGGAGAAACAAGCUAUCCCAGAAUUCUUUGAGGGACGACCAUCCAAAACCCCAGGAAGAUAUCUGAGGAUCAGGAACUACAUCCUGGACCAAUGGUUGAAGAGUAAGCCCAGGUACUUGAACAAGACGUCAGUGCGUCCUGGCCUGAAGAACUGUGGAGAUGUCAACUGUAUUGGCAGAAUACACACCUACCUGGAGUUGAUAGGAGCCAUCAACUUCAACUGUGACCAGGCGGUGUAUAACCGUCCCAGGAUGGUGGAUCGGUCCAAACCCAGAGACAGCAGAGACACUCUGGAAUACCAACUGGCACAGAGACUACAGAGCAUGCGAACCAGGAAGCGUCGUGUGAGGGACAUGUGGGGGAACUGGCGUGACGCUAAAGACCUGGAGGGACAGACAUACGAGCACCUGAGUGCAGAGGAGCUAGCCCUGAGGAGAGAGGAGAUGAGACGGCAAUCGAAACCCUGUAAAGUCUCCAGGCACAGAAGGUUGUUGGAUCCGUUCCAGUUGAUUCCGUGCCGUGUGUUUGGAGAGGACAGACCAGAACCCUUCCAGGUGAUAGUGUGUGCUGAGGCUCUCCUCGUCAUGGACAUGCAUGCUCAUGUGUCGAUGGGAGAGGUUAUCGGCCUAUUGGGAGGAGCUUACAGCGAGGAGGACAAAGUCCUGAAGAUCUUUGCAGCAGAGCCUUGUAACAGUGUGAGUACAGGUCUGCAGUGUGAGAUGGACCCGUUGUCUCAGACUCAGGCCUGUGAGAUGCUGUCUAGCCUGGGCUCAGCUGUAGUGGGAUGGUACCACUCUCACCCCACCUUCCACCCUAACCCCUCUCUACGGGAUAUACACACACAGGACCAGUUCCAGAAUUAUUUCUCUCGAGGCGGAGCCCCCUUUAUUGGGAUGAUCGUGAGUCCGUUUGACCCCGCUAACCCCUCCCCACGUUCCCAGACCACCUGCCUGAUGGUCAGAGAGGACCAAGGACCUACAGGACCACAGAAGCUGCCCUACAGGUUUGACUUCCAGUGUUCCCAGCAGCAGCCUGACUGGGGCCAGCUGAUGAGGAGGGCAGAGUGGAUCAUCUGCAAAUAUAAACAUGCCCACGGCAGUGUCCAGAUGGACAGGCUGUUCCGCAGGGACUCUCAUCUGACCUGUCUAGAGAAGAUGAUGGCAUCUUUAGGGAGAUAUCUGGAGCCCCUGCCAGAGGAGGGAGGUCCCUUCCUUUCCCAGAUCCAUGCUCUCUUCCAGUCUCACUUUGUUUCCGAGCAACCCAGAGAUGAGAGCGGAACCUCUGGCUCCCCAGAGCCAAUCAACGCCCAUGCCUUCCCCUUCGCUCAGCCAAUCAACGUCAGCUUAACAGGAGACACAGGAACACAGGAAAACUGGGAGAAUGAAUCGGUCUCUCCAACUGAUAAUUUAGAAACGCCUAAUAUCAAAACUAUUAACUCACACCAAGCUAAAGAAGAGACCCCACAUCCAAUACGGUUUGGUUCUGUGUUGUUGACUGGUCAUGAUUAUCUAUUCUGA